AUGACGAUGAUACUUGAAAAAGUAUUGCCAUCGACAGGAAGAGGAUAUAAUGUUUGGAAUAAGUUAAAUUUUACUCAUCGAUUGAUAUUCUAUUGCAGAUUUCAUAAUAAUGUUGUAAAUACUAGAUAUAUCAAUAAUAACAAUAAUAUGAAAAUAAAUUCAAACAAGUUACAACCAAAGGAAAGAAUUUCUAUAUUACAAAAUAAUUUAAACAAAUAUUAUCCUUCAAUGUCGUUAUUAAAUAAUGAAAAAAUUAUUCACAACAAUAUUACUAUUGAACAAUUCAUUAACACUUAUAUAAACAAUGAAAGUAAUGAUAAAUUGGAUCAUGAUAAACCUGAUAUUAACUUAAAGAUUAAUGGCAGAAUAAAAAAUAUUAGAAUGGCAGGUAAAAAAAUGUGUUUUAUUGAUUUAAUUGAUACGCAAAUUAAUCAAUCAAUUCAAAUUAUUAUAAAUUUUAAUAAAUUAAAUAUAAUUGAUAAUGAAUUUAUUGAAACUACAACUUUUUUAAAAAAAAAUGAUUAUAUUCAAGUUAUAGGUUAUCCUGGUGUCUCUGAAAAUAUUAAAAAGACUGUUUCAUUGAAAUGUACAAUGUUACCUAUAAUAUUAAGUCCCAUUCAAAUAUCAUUACCUAAUUCAUUACAAGAUAAUAUAAAGAUUAAUAAAAAUAGAGUAUUGGAUUAUCAAGUGAAUGGGAUACAAACAAUGGUGAAAAGAUCUCAAUUGAUUAAUUUGAUUCGUGGUUUCCUAUUAAAUAGACAAUUCAUUGAAGUUGAGACACCAAUUUUAUCAGAAAAAACUAACGGGGCUAAUGCUUUACCAUUUAUAACGAAAUUGAAUUUUAGUGAUUCGAAUUUACAAUUACGUAUUGCACCUGAACUGUGGUUGAAAAGAUUAAUAAUUGGUGGAUUAAAUAAAAUCUUUGAAAUUGGCAAAGUAUUUCGUAAUGAAAGUGUCGAUUCUACUCAUAAUCCAGAAUUUACUAUGUUAGAAUUAUAUCAACGUUAUUUAUCAAUGGAUCAAUUGAUUUUAUUGGCUCAAGAUAUGUUUAAACAUGUUAUAAAAGGAAUGAUCGAGUUAGAAAACUCUUCUUCUUCUUCUUCUUCUUCUUCUUCUUCUUCUUCUUUAUCGAAUGAUAAAAAUAAUACUAUACAUCAAUUGUAUCAAGAAUUACAAAAUAAUGAUUGGAAAUUUAAAAAAAUUGAAUUUUUACCAACUUUAUCAAGGGAAAUGAAGGUAGAUUUCACAAAGAUAGAUCUUUCACAAACUCAAAGUUUAAUGGACGUUAUACCAAUUGAAGUAAAACACGAGAUAUUUAACUCAAAAGAACUUCAAGAACCUGGUUUACACCUUUCACCCCAAAGAAUUCUAGAUAAACUUUGUGGCAAAUAUAUUGAAUCUCGUUAUUGUCAAACACUAUUACCUACAAUCAUCAUGCAUCACCCAACUAUAAUGUCCCCAUUAGCGAAAAUUAAUGGUCUGGAUGAUAAAGUGAGUCAAAGAUUUGAAGUAUUCAUUAAAGGUAAAGAGUAUAUUAAUGCUUACGAAGAAGAAAAUUGUCCACAAUUACAAUUACAAAAAUUUGAACAACAACAUAAAUUUAAAAAUAAUGAUAAGGAAUCCCUAGAUGUAGAUUAUGAGUAUGUAGAGGCAAUGAAAUCUGGAAUGCCUCCAACUGGUGGAUUGGGGCUUGGGAUUGAUAGAUUAUGCAUGUUAUUAUUUGAAAAAUCAAGAAUCGAACAAGUUUUAUCAUUUGGAUCCCUUGACGAUGUAAAUAUACAAUAA